AUGAUCAAGACUAGCACCCUCCGGGCAGCUCAUAAUCUCUAUGCGUUCAAUUCCUUUUCCAGUGACAAUGGUCCGCACCAGCAGGGGCACGACAAUGCUGGUCGCCGGCGAGUUUCGCUUCACGAGAACGUCGCGGGGAAAGAUCACGCAGCGGUGGACAUGCUCCACCAAGACUCGGACCAAAUGCAAGGCCUCCAUAACAACCCUCGGGGGGGUGGCGAUAAAAACCCACCUGGUGCACAACCACGACUGAAGACCGCCAACCCGCUGUGUAUUGUUGAGUUCAAUUCGGUUAAAACAUCCCUCACACAACAUGAAGGG